ACACGUUAUGGAGUCUACUUCGGUUUGGGAGAUUUUUCUGCUUACUGUGUUGCUAGCAACGAACAUCUCACAAGGUAACACAGCAAGCACUAGCGCAUCCACCAGCGCAAACAGAGGUUCAACAGUCAGCUCAAACAGAACACCAUUUCGCAGCUCUGCCACCACAACGACCAGUAGACCACCUACACUUGCUAUAACCAGCUCAACACAUAUGUCAACAGACAGUCUAACCAGAACACCGACCGAUGGUUCAGAACGUAGGUCAACCACGAGCAGUUCAAACAGCAGCUCAAGCAGUGGUUGUACAAACAGCUCAAACACUCAAACAAGAUCAACCACAGAAUCGUCUAGCAUCACAGUCAGUUCAACUAUACAAAUAACCACAGGGUCAACAAGUAGCACAAACUUUAAUACAACCAGUGGUCGGGCCAGAGAUUCAACGACCAGUAUCUCAACCAGUUUACAGAGGUCAACAACAUUGCUCUCAUCACCAGCAGAAACAACAACAAAUGAGACUGUGUUCAUGACAACUACAUUGGUAGCAGAAGUGACAAAAGUCCCACAACAUUCAAUAACGUUUAUGGUUGCAGGUGCAGCGGUUGGUGUCUUUGCCGCGGUGCUGCUUGUCGCUGAUGUAGUCAUCGCCGUUGUGAUUUACCAAAUGGUGAAAAGAAUGAAAUCCGAACAAACAACGAAUGAUGAUGAUGAUGAUGGCAUGAACAGCGAUGCUAUCCCCCACACAGCCGAUCCCAGUGUUGAGACCAAUACGUCAGAUAAUGAUACUAACACUUACAACGCAGCUAAAGUUAACCCUAGUACUACAGGGAACAGUGGCGUGGAAUAUUACGAACAGCUACAUCGUAGCGGCGUGUAUGUUGCUGACGAAGAUGUUUAUCUCCAGCCUACAGUCCAGACAUCAGCUGUCAGAGGUAGCGUGCAGUAUACUAACACACCAAACAUAAAAAAAGAAACACGUAUAUACAUUAAUAUGUAGGAGAAAAGAAAGAUAUCCUGUCCAUCCAGUUUCAACAUCGCAGAGGUAAAACCAUCACGAUGCCAAGAACGAUAAUACUGAUUCAAGGAAUAGGAGAGGGGGAGAAUGAUUUACUGUGCACGUUCAGAGCAAGCUGUUGUAGCGCACGUCUGUCUCGAGCGUAGGUUCUGACGUGGGGGGUUCCUUCGUCCAAAACAGGAGGAGAGAUGAGGAGGGAGAAGGAGGGGUUCGCUCACUCAAACCGGCAAGCGUAAGGUAGGACAGGAAUCCUGUUCCGAAGAUCAGAUGAUCA